AUGGCAGUCCUACGCCAGUACGGCCAGGGCAUGGAAGCCCUAUGCCUUUUCCUGGUUCUCGUGGCGUUGAUGAACCAUAUGGUUGACGCUCAACUGACUUUCCCCCGCCGCUGCCCAGUUGCCUGCAAUGAAACUUCUUCCCCUCAAGACUGGGCGCAAUACCGCCGUCUCCAGGAUCUGAGCCGCUGCGAUCAGGAUAUCCUCUUUGACCUGAACAUUUACAACGACGUCGAUCACCACUCCCCAAUACGGGCCUGUUCUCGGCCAUCGAUCGAGGUGCCCGAAGCCCCAUCGAGACUGAGAAGGUGGCUCUCUUCACGAACAUCCCAGCUCAAGCCCCGCAACGGAACUGCCGAGGGCCUCCAAGAGGCUCAGGAGACCAUCCAAGUCCUGAAGUGGGAUACUGCAACAGCCGAAGUCGACUCGGCGAGUGCUGUCUCUGCUGCGAGCGCCAUAUCGGAGCAGUUGCAGAAUACUGCGGCAGGCUCCUCGGCAUACCUCUUCGCCAAAUCCGGCAAUGCCUUGGUUGGUACCUUUGUGGGGGCCCAGUUCGAGAAAGAUACUGCUGCCCGUCUGAUCCAAGACUUCUUGGACAACGCGGUCAGCGGGAGAUCGGGCCUGGGACGAGUUGGAGCCCAGAUAUGUGGCAGUAGUGAGCGUUCGUCGAGCACACGCACAUUUGGCAUUCUUGCGGACUCUGCUGCGAAUCUAGCGGAUGUCCAGCAGUCAUUGCGCCAGUGGCACCAGGCCAAAUGCAUCUCUGCCCCUCGGAGCGGGCAGGGAUGGAAAUCCACGGUGAAAAUGCUGCCAGCAAGAAAGGUCAGUGGUGGACGGGACUACUCGGUUGCGACAACAGCAGCCGCUGGCGAGUGUACUGCAAUCAAAGCUAUUGCUGGCGAUGGGUGCUAUGCGCUCGCGGACCGAUGUGACAUCACCCAAGAAGAGCUCAAAAAGUACAAUCCGCAGGAAGAAGACCUGUGCAAGGCAAUUCAGGCUGGGGAGCACUAUUGCUGUUCAGCUGGAGAUAUGCCAGAUUUCUCGCCACAGCCUGAUAAGGACGGCAGCUGCAAGACAUAUAGGAUCAAGGCCAAAGAUAACUGCUACGAGAUCAGCGAAGCAAACAGGAUGACCAAAAAGCAAAUCGAAGAUCGCAACAAGAAUACCUGGGGCUGGAUGGGCUGCGACAGUCUUACUGUAGGCAGUCUGAUUUGCCUGAGUACGGGUGACCCCCCAAUGCCUGCGCCUAUCCCAAACGCUAUCUGUGGGCCUCAGAAGCCUGGAACCAAGCAGCCCGAAGACAUGUCGAACUUGGCAGAUAUAAACCCUUGUCCUCUGAAGACAUGUUGCAAUAUUUGGGGCCAGUGCGGAAUUACCGAAGAGUUCUGUACUGAGUCCCCCUCAGAUACUGGAGCCCCAGGCACUGCUAAGCCAGGUUCAAACGGUUGUAUCUCGAGCUGUGGAUUGGACAUCGUGAACAAUGAUGAGCCACCUUCUACGUUCAUGAAGGUUGGGUACUUUGAAGCGUAUAAUCUUGAUCGGGAAUGCCUUCACAUGCUGCCCCGACAUAUCGAUAGUUCAUACACUCAUAUUCACUUUGCCUUUGCCGGUAUCACCAAGGAUUUCGACGUCGACCUCCUAGGCCUGGACGACAUGUUCGAGGAGUUCAAGUCCAUCAGAGCUGGAAAGCGCAUUCUUUCCUUUGGCGGUUGGUCGUUUUCCACUGACUAUGACUCGUUUCCUAUUUUCCGAGAAGGUGUGACAGCAGAGCAAAGGCAAACCUUUGCGAACAAUGUCGUUCAGUUUAUGGAAGACCACGAGCUUGACGGACUCGACUUUGACUGGGAGUACCCAGGGGCCCCUGAUAUCCCCGGGAUACCGCCUGGAUCUGAUACAGACGGGCCAAACUAUCUUGAGUUUCUGAGGCUUGUUCGCCAGAAGCUCCCAGAGGGCAAGGAGCUUGGGAUUGCGGCGCCUGCUUCCUACUGGUAUCUCCGUGGGUUUCCGAUUGCAGAAAUCAGUAAGGUGGUGGAUUAUAUUAUUUACAUGGCCUAUGACCUACACGGACAAUGGGACUACGGAAACGAAUGGGCAGUUGAGGGAUGUCCGGCUGGAGACUGUCUCCGUUCCCAUGUUAAUCAAACUGAAAUCGAGUACUCUCUAGCCAUGGUUACAAAGGCAGGCGUUGCGGCUAAUAAGUUAGUUAUUGGAAUGGCACUCUAUGGAAGAAGCUUUCAGAUGACAGAUGCCGGUUGCUCCGGGCCAGACUGUACAUUCAGUGGGCCAGAAUCUGGAGCAAAGCCCGGAAAAUGCACUGAUACCCGGGGGUAUAUCUCUAACUAUGAGAUCCGCCGGGUCCUGGCAACGUCCUCCAAUGCAAAACUAACUACAGAUGACGCUGGGGGCGAUCUGUUGAUCUACGAUGAUGUGCAGUGGGUGUCAUGGAUGUCUGAAGAAAACUAUCGCAAACGCGUGGAAUGGGUUAAGAGCCUGAACAUGGGAGGGACAUCAGACUGGGCAGUAGACCUCGAUGGCAACUACGCUGUUGGCGAGGGCCCUGAUCCUGAUGGGUUACCGGGCAUGGUAUACAUCAGCCCGAGCAUCUAUGAGGAAGACGAACCUGUCGUGCAAUGCGAAAAGUUCCCCUGCACUUUUAUCUUCCCCCCAUGGCGGCUCGAAUCUCCGACGACCAUCAGUCCAAGCGCCACGACUCUUACAUUUGAGGAAUACUGGCAUACCACGCAACCUCAGGGGUCUGGGCAAUCCGCCGUCACCCGCACGGUGGGAUCGCUGACUUCAACGGUCAUCACGCCUUCGCCUCUUACAUUGACUAGCAUCGACGUUUGGAAUGUGGUCGUUGAGGAUACGGACGAUACAGACAGCAAAGGCCUCAUCUGGCUUACCAGCAGCAUCAUCCUACCGCCGAUGACAUUUACCAAAUCCUUUUCAGACCAGCCGCCGGAAACCACCAGUACAACAGAUAAUCCGGUCUCACGACCACCCAUUACCUGGACAUGGAGCCCCGGGCCUUACCCUACCAUGCCAGUUCCGAAUGAUGACAAUCCAAACCCACACCCCCCUCUGCCUCCGGGUGAUUAUCCCGCCUCUGUUACGUUUAGCGAAGGCACUCCGAAGCCAACUUGCGCGCCGGACGAAGACUGCGGCGGUGGCUGUAGUUCAGAUUGCGACGGAGAAAACGACAGCCACGGGUGUGUAAUUUGCGGCUGUAUUGGGGUUCCCGAUGCAUGUCCUCCUGGAUUAGGCGGAUGCGUUGGUACAGGCUGUGGUGGUGGCGGCGGCGGAGGAGGAGGAGGAGGAGGAGGUGGUGGUGGUGGUGGUGAUGGAGGGGAUGAUAAUCCUACAACAUGCCAGACCAAAACAACAGCCUCCUGGUGCACGGAGCAAUGCACUGUAACCUCCCUCCCCAGCACCACGACAACAACCUGCAAGGAGAAAUGCCCACGGACGUUCUCCGCAUGCUCGGCAACCGACAGCACAACUACCAGCGACACCAUAACGAUUGCCUGUCCCUCGCCCACGCCCUUCACUGGCUCCCUCGGCUCUAUAUUGGCAUACACAGGUGACUUCUCAUACACGAUGCGCGAGAUUCCAGAUCCCCCAGAAGACGACGAGGAGCCAACAUCAACGGCGUCUACUCUGCCCGCGUGGCCAACCAAAACCAUAACAUCUCGCCCCGACGACCCCGACAACGACCCCAGCCUCGUUGGAAAGUGUCUGGCUGACCUGGACGGCUAUCCGAGCUUCUCAAAAGACGAUGCAGAGGAUGCCAUCCGGGGCCUAUGUUACGGACAGUUCCAGGACACACUACGCUGGCCCGACCCCGGAUUCAUCGUAUUGGGCGAAACCGCAGGUGCCUGGGUAGACUGGACGGACGACCAGCUGGAGUGCUCUCCCCACAGCAAGGGAUGGGAACUAGGCGACUAUUGCUGGAAGGUCUGCACGGAGUAUAUCCUGGCCCCAUGUGACAACUGGGAUGAGAAAGGGAAGUAUUACGGGGGCGGGAUAGUUCUUGACAAUGAGCGCUUUGGCGGGUGUGUCCAGUUUGGAAUUGUGCAUACGAAGCUGAUGGACGCGCUGGAACGGGCGAACAAUGGCACAGCCCUGAGGACCAUCACUGUUGGUGCCGCCCCUCGUAGCACUGCUGGGCCAGAUCCAUGA